AUGGAGAGUCUUAUUUCAGAAGUUCAAAAAAGGCGUAUUUUAUGGGAUAAGUUCCAUAAGCAAUUUAAAGAUAGAAUCAAAGUUGAUCGAGAGUGGGAAGCUGUAGGGAAAGAAUUAUGUAUGCCAAAAAUAAAAAAAAUACCAAAAGGUGCAUCUGGUAGUGGUCAGGAGUUUGCAGCACAUUAUAAUGGAAGAUGGUCAUAUUUCCAAUUAUUGCUUUUUUUGAGAGACUCUGUACAAUCUAGAACUACAAGUGGUAAUAUUUCGGAGAGCGAUGAAUUAAAUGACGAUUUAAUUCAUAAUGAUGAGGUUGAGUUUGAUACAGACGAUCAGAAUAUUUCAAAUAUUUGCGUUGAUGAAAAUAUAAGUUCUUUAACUCCAAAUCGUCCACCAAACAAAAAACAAAAAAUUGACACAAAAUCUUCAUUUGAAAAUGAACUAUUAAAGUUGGAAGCUAAACAUACAGACGAUAGUAAUAUUUCAAAUAUUUGCGUUGAUGAAAAUAUAAGUUCUUUAACUCCAAAUCGUCCAACAAAAAAAAAACGAAAAAUUGACACAAAAUCUUCAUUUGAAAAUGAACUAUUAAAGUUGGAAGCUAAAAAAGUUGCUGCUAUAUUAGAACCACAAGCCCCUGAAGAUGAAGAUCUAUUAUUUUUUAAAUCAUUGAUUCCGUACAUGAAACAGUUACAUCCACUGCAAAAAUUAAGAUUUAGGAGUACAAUACAAGACACAUUAUUACGAGAAAUAUCCUCACAACAAUUUUCUAAUGAUCAAAAUAUGACAAAUUAUUAUACAAAUCCACCAUCUUCAUCGUCUACUGGCAUAUUUACAACUGUCAAAGAAAUAAAAAUUUACCCGCCUAUCGUAGCGAUAAGGUAG